GUCAUGUGACUCAUUGACGCUAAGGUUUAGACUUCAUAGGUUUCACAAUAACAGGACAUUCAUUUAGUUUGAUACAUUACUGAGCGGUGUACCUACAGACAAAGUGGACUACGUAUUAGGGUGACAGAAAUAUGAAGAUAUGGGGGGGUUUGUUCAGCAGUUGUAUGUUUGAUGUUGGUGUCAAGAACAGAUUCCUGUAAUGUGGAAAUCGUUUCAUCGAGAACACCGACUAAUGUCACUUCUCCUGGGUAUCCUUUUAUGGCCUACCCGAAUAAUCUCCACUGCUGGUGGAGGAUUGAUGCCAGUGAUAGCGGAAACAGCGUUAUUGUGAGGGUUCUGGAUUCUUACAUCGAAUCAUCAACGAACUGCGCUUAUGAUAGUCUGUCCUUUUAUGAUGGACGAGAUGCUACGGGCCCUUCUCUUGGGCGACUGUGUGGACAGAACCGCACCUCUGUGAUAAGCUCUGGUAGAUCCAUCUAUAUCGUCUUCAAAACCGACGGCAGUAACCAGUACAAGGGCUUCCUUCUUGAACUUUAUGAAACUACAAGAUGUGGUGGGGCGCUGACUGCAACACCUGACGAAACAAAUUUUGUGUCACCUGGGUUUCCUUAUCAGUACUUGAAUAAUAUGAACUGCACGUGGUUCCUCACCUCCGAAAAUGAAAACGAUACAAUCGUAGUGGAAUUUGACCAACUACAGUUGGAAGGGGGACGGGCAGGCUGCUUGUAUGACUAUGUUUCCGUUUACAACGAUCACGAAAACCACAAUGAACAGUUCCUGGGGCAAUUCUGUGGAUCUUCUACACCUACCAUCCAAAGCUCAAGAAACAAAUUGCGCAUCGAUUUCAAGACCGAUUUGUCUGGGGUAUUACAGGGAUUUUCAUUGAACUACAAGACGGUGACAGCGGGUGACUGCAAUCUGACAAUGCCGGCGGAUUCCAAUCCGAUCUAUUUCGUAUCACCCGGAUAUCCAGAUGCUUAUGAUAAUGACCUGGAAUGCGUCUGGCAAAUGGUGUCAACUGGUCAGCAGUAUAUUCAGAUUGAUGUCAUCGGUUCAGAAAUUGAAGGAAACUACCCACUGUGCAGUAACGACUCAGUCACUGUAUAUGAAGGAAGAGAUCUCAAGGCUCCUGAGGUUGGAAAGUUUUGUGGCAAUUCCACGCCAUCCUUCAUAUCGAACGCCAGAGCUAUGACGGUAUCAUUUACGACAGAUGGUGAGGAUGUUGGCAAGGGCUUCCGAAUUAGAUACAGGAGCCUCGAUGCUCCAGUUACUACAGUCUCCCCAUCACCCGAUCGUCGAUGCGGCUCCACAGCUCUGUCAGCCGUAGGCCAGGGCCAGUACUUAGAGUCCCCCAGGGUAUCCUUCGGGUUAUGCAAACAAUGAGCAAUGCAUUUGGACAAUAACGGCAGCAUCUUUAAACAACUACGUCAAAAUCGACGUAAUAGAUUCCAUACUAGAAGGUGGAGAUGGAUGUCAAUAUGAUUUUGUUAAGGUUUUUGACG